GAUAUUGGAUCGCUAUGUUCAGGAGCAAAUUCCUGGUGCCAAGGUCGUGGUGGAGUCCAUUGGUGCUCGCCGCCAUGGAGAUGCCUUUUCUCUAGAAGAUUACACCAAAUGUGACCUGACCGUCUAUGCCAUCGACCCCCAAACAAACAGAGCCAUUGACAGAAACGAGCUUUUUAAAUUUUUGGAUGGCAAGCUGCUUGAUAUCAAUAAGGACUUUCAGCCGUAUUAUGGGGAAGGAGGACGCAUUCUGGAGAUCCGGACUCCAGAGGCAGUGACCAGCAUUAAAAAGCGAGGAGAAAGUCUAGGAUACACGGAAGGGGCUUUGCUGGCUCUGGCUUUCAUCAUCAUCCUGUGCUGUAUUCCUGCCAUCCUGGUGGUCUUAGUCAGCUACAGGCAGUUUAAAGUACGCCAAGCUGAAUGCACCAAGACAGCCCGAAUACAAUCUGCCUUACCUGCGGCCAAACCAGCAGCACCUGCCCCUGCUCCCACGGCAGCGCCCCCGCCCCCGCCCCCGCCACCUGGUGCGCAUCUCUAUGAAGAGCUGGGAGACAGCACCAUGCAUAAUCUUUUCCUUCUCUACCAUUUUGAACAAAGCAGGGGAAAUAACUCAGACACAGAAGACAGGAAAACUCAACAAGUUGUGAUGCCCUCUUCUUCCAAUACCAUUGAGGCUCACAAGCCAGCUCAUAUAGAAGGAUCACUUAAGAACAACCAACCUAAUCCUGCAGGAAAAUUCACAUUUCUUUCUGAUGAGGAUGACUUAAGUGUCCAUAAUCCCCUUUAUAAAGAAAAUAUAGAUAAAAAAUCAGCAAAUUCAGACAUUUUACUGAGAACAGAUUUUGAAGACCCAUUUUUACCCAAAACACAAGUCAAGAGUUGGUCUCUGAGAUACCCAAGAGAAAAGAUUCACAGAAUGUGGAAACAGCCAGUCAGCUUACCUAGGAAACUGAUAUGGAAGGUUCCAAACAGAACAGAAACCAUGGACUUGGUGCAGUGGCAAAGCACCAGGCAAAAACCUGAAAGUGAAAGCCUUGGAAUGGAUCCAAAGGAAAAAGGUAGCAGCAAUCCAUUGCUUACAAGUGAAGAUGCAAAUCUAACAGAGCAAACAAGACAAAGAAAAACACUGAUCAUACAAGAAGCAGAACAGUUGAAAUCUCUAUCUUCAGAUGCCUCCUUUUCUUCUUGGUCUCACUUCUCAUUCUCCACCUUGCCAACUAUUUCAAGAAGUGUGGAACUCAAAUCAGAACCUAGCAUCAUCACUUCUCCUGCUGACUGUACCUUGGAACUCUCUCCUCCAAGGCCUAGCAUUUUAAAUUCUGUAAUCUUUAAGAGAGAUAUACCCAGUUGUAUGUCAGAUAUUGACAAUAAGAGGAGCAUUUUUGAAAAUCUGUCCUGUGAACCUAACAUCUGUCCAUCUCUUUCCCCACCUUCUUCUCCUCAGUCCAAUUCUCCUCUUGUGCAACAGCAACUUCUGAGACCUUCUCUUCUUAAACCAGAGGAGUUAUCCAUGGAGUCUGGGAUUGAUCCUGGCCAGGAAUAUGGACAAGAUUAUUACAGUUAUGAGCAUGGGUAUGAAAUGCCUCAGUAUGGAAGUCGUCGUCGAUUGUUACCACCAGCUGGACAGGAGGAAUAUGGUGAGGUGGUUGGUGAAGCUGAGGAGGAAUAUGAAGAGGAAGAGUGGGCAAGAAAAAGAAUGAUCAAGUUAGUCGUUGAUCGAGAGUAUGAAAGUAGCUCAACUGGAGAAGACAGUGCUCCUGAGUGUCAGAGGAACCGUCUUCACAAUCCUGCUAUCCACAGUAACAUCAAUGGCAAUAUAUAUAUUGCACAGAAUGGUUCUGUGGUGAGAACCCGCCGUGCCUGCCUCACAGAUAACCUAAAAGUUCCCUCCCCUGUCCGAACUGGGAGGCACUUUAAGAAGUUAGACAAGUUGGUAGUGACACAGGAGGAGAAUGUUCCCCUGAACACGUUGUCCAAGGGGCCAUUUUCUAUGGAGAAAAUGAACAAAAGACCAACUCUGGUCACAUUUGCCCCUUGCCCUGUGGUGACUGACAGUAUGGCAGCGAAGCCAUUGGGGAGCAGGCUGAAAAGCACAGUUGAACAGGAGUCCAUGGUUGACAGUAAGAAUAUCAAGGAAACUUUGGAAUUUCAUAGUGACCCCACACAGUCAGACGAUGAAGAGCUUUGGAUGGGCCCCUGGAACAAUCUCCAUAUACCAAUGACAAAACUGUGA